AUGCAGCAGGUUUCGGCCAUUCUGGACAUUAGCAUCUCUCUAGACAAGAUGGCCAAUCACGCCGACAGGAUCAGUGAAUGUUACCCAGUCGGCGCGACAUGCGCCAAUAUUCAACUGACCUCGGCGCCCGACAGAUCGGAUAGAAUAGCCAUCUCCUAUACAGAAGGCACUCCUUCAGUGGAACGCGACACUUCUUGUGUGGAGCAGUCGGCCUGUCGUUGCUCAUCACGCAGAGCCACCACGCCAUCAGGUGCAUCAAGGCAGCCGAACAAUCCUCACCGCGGCGACUAUGACGGCAUAAAAGACACUGCACAUCUUUUGUGCACACAACUGAGCACCAUGUGCACUGCUAUAAAUAGCUUACAUUCAGCCAGAAACCAGUCACCCUCGCGCCGUCGUUCUAAAUCUCGUGAACGCCCCUCUCCAACUCUGUGCUUGUAUCAUCGUAUUUACGGUCCGAAAGCAGGCAAGUGCAUCCCUCCCAGCACACACCUGCAGGCCUCACCACAGGGAAACAGUCGCACCAGCCAGUAACGUCGAAGGCUGCCGCUGGCCAGUCACGACCCAGUCGCCUCUUUUAUACCAGUGACAAGUCGAGCGGCCUCCGUUUCCUUGUCGAUACUGGUGCUGAGAUCUGUGUCGUCCCGCUUCCAAGGCGCCACCACAUCAAGCCUUCGCAGUUUUCAUUGCAGCCUGCCAAUAUCACCACCAUCAGAACUACUGGCCAACAGCCGCUCACACUUGACAUCGGUCUUCGGCGACGUUUCCAGUGGAUCUUUGUGCAAGCCGACGUUAAAUCUCCCAUUACUGGAGCAGAUUUCCUGAUACAUUUUGGCCUUGCAGUCGACCUCAAGCAUUGCAAACUUGUCGAUACCACAAACACACUCCUUGCAGUUGGCUUUGCUGCUUCUGAACCCUCGGUUAGCAUCCAGUUGACCGUACCAAGCUCGCCUUUCGCUGACAUUUUGAAGGGCUACUCGUCCCUCACUAAGCUCUGUCAGUUCACGGGGGAGAUUCAGCAUAUGGUUAAAUACCACAUCAUCAUCACGGAGCAACCUGUUCACGCUCAUCCUCGCCAUCUUCACCCCGAAAAACUUCGGAUAGCAAGGAACGACUUUGAGCAUAUGAUGAAUUUAGGAAUUAUUCGUUCUUCCUCCUCCACAUGUUGCCCAAGAAAUCGACUGAUGAUUGGAGACCAUGCGGCCACUUUGCUUCACCAUCUCAUCUCUGACCCCCACGCACAGCUAAUCUUGACCAAUGCCGCUUCCAACAGUUGA